UAUUAGCAUUGAUUAAAUAUACCAUAUAAUUAUUAAAUAUAUUAUAUAUUUAAAAUUUAAUCAAUGGUAUUAGUACGAUUAAUUGGGCGGACGCUUUUUUAUUCUACUUUGCUUUCGUUGAGUUUUUCUCGGUGUUUUUGUAAUCUUUGUGCCGCUAUUUUAAUCAUACCCGUUCCCUGAGUGUAUAUGCAGAAUUUAUUAUUUAUUUGGUAAGUAUUUUACAUUGUUAUGAUAUUAUUAACCCGUCGUCAAUAUCUCCAUGUUUUAUAACGAUUGGUAUCGGGUUAGCAUUCACUAGCAUUCAUUGUCGUUUUUUGCCCCUGUGAAUUAUUUAAUUAACUUAUACUUAGAUGAAUUAUACAAAAAUUAAUGUUGUUUUCUUGAAACACAAAAAAAAAUCACUCUUUUAUAAAAAAAAAAACCUGUUUAUAAAUUAUCAAAAAAGAUCAGUAAAAAUUAUUAUUUAUCAUUCAAAUUUUCUGAGUUUCUUUUGUAGUAUGGCAUGUUGAACAAGUACCUAUGCUCUUUAAUUGCAUACAUACCACAUGAUGAACUGACCUUUUAAACUUAGAUACAAUAAAAAAUUGCCAGUAACAAUAAUAUUUUAUCUAAACAAAUAACUUCAUAAUGAUAAUUUUUGUUCAUUUUGUAAAAACAAUUAUAGCCCAGUUAGUAUUGUGCGAGCUGGAUACAAACGUAAUUGAUAAUGGAGAAUUUGACUGCUUAUAAUACUUACAAAUAGAUGUUUAUAAUUUGUUUUUGUUUUUAUUUUAGUACAAUAUUGUCAUUAAGAGGUAGGUACAUGGAAUUUCAAAAAUAUAAGUUUAAUGUUAUUGAAACACUAACAUCAAAACCAAUGAAGUGUCAAUAUAAUGGGUUCGUUGAUCAGUGGUUAGUGGAACAAUCAUCUUACAUUAAAUAAUUAUUAUAAUACUCGUUUGGCCUUUUAAUGAUAUUUAAAUUAUGUUAUGCUACAUAUUAUAUUUUUAUGUAUUUAGAUACUUAUUCUUAUAAAGCUCUAAUCUUGGUUGCGUUGUGAAAAUAAUUAAAACAAAUCUAGUUUUGCUUAUUCUGAAUAUUUGAAAAUAAUUUUAAUGUUUAACAAAAUUUUUGUUGACACAAACAUCAUAAUAUUAAUUAAUUAAUUAAUUAAUAAGGUUAUAAGUAGGUAUGUAUAAUGAAAUGCAUACUUACUUGUACUUGAUACUAAAUAUUUGUAUUAAGAUUGUUAGAAGUUGGAUAUUGGUAUUAUAAAAAAAAAACUAUUUGUACCUUUGUGAAAAUAGUUCGUACUUUUUACACACACACACACACACAACAUUCCUAAUUUAAUUAGUUUGCUGUAGUGUUAUAGUUACCUAUAUAAUGGAACAAAUGUAAAAGCUGUCAUUCGGUUAUGGUCGGGGAUUUAAUGAAACUAAAAGAAAGGUAAAUUACAGUAAAUCCUGUACAUCCCAAUAAUUAAAAAAUUAAAAUAAUUUGUGUUUAAUAAUACCUCAAAUUAACUAAAUAAAAAUAAUUUAAAAAUGAUGGGUUUUUCUAUUAGAAAAAACGAAAAUACAGAAAAUAUAGAACGAAAAAAUUUUGUUGAACUGUAGGUAGGUAUCACUUUAUUAUUGUAACCAGUUGUCCUGAAUCAAUGCUAAUCUAGGAAGAACAUUCAACUGUAUCUUUAUGUUAAGAAUAUACAAGUACCUACCUUAUAUAAUAAAAAAUUGUUUGUUUCUUAAUUAUUAUCUGGAUUAUUAUUAAACUAAAGUGGGUUAUAACAUGUGUAAUUUUGAACAAAAAGCUAACAGAUUAUUUAAAUAUGGUAGAACUCAACACGUAUACAAAAUUUUAUAAUUUUAAGUAGGCGAUUUUUUUGAGACAGGUAACUGGAAGUAAAAUUCACAUAAAUGUUGACUUUGAGAACUUGGAACUCGGCAGAGUUAUAUUUGAGUAUUAUUAUGGACCUUGUUCAGUUUCAGUGCAUUUAAAUUUUUUUCCCCACACUACAGCCGCUUUGGCUCCAGGUCAGCAGUUCAUUAAAAGACAUCAUAGGGGGAGGGGUUGUUACCAUAGAGUAAUGUUACUGUCGUUUAUAGUUAUAGUAAUAGUUACUCUAUGGUCAAUAUGCAUAUCUUCAAUUUACGAUGCUAUCUGUUGGCUAAAUUUUUUAACUAUUAAAUAAAAGGUGCAAUUAUUUAGCCUUUUGUUUAAUGAUAAAUACUCAUGAGGUUGUUAUAGUUUAGUGAAUUUCAAUAUUUCAAUUACCUGUAUUAUUUUAGCGGUAAAUAAUAUAUUAUAGUUAAAUUAGUGAGGCUAAAGUAGUUCAUAACCCCAGUUCAGCAAAUUAAACCAUUGGCUAUUUGAAUCUUGAAAAUUAUUGGCAAACAAUUUUGGAGGAAGGUGUGGCAUGCUUACCUAGAAUAAAUGUUAUUUUUGGUAUAUUAAAAUAUAGCAGAAGUUUCAAGAAUACAAACGUUUUAUGAGGUAUGACUAAUUAAUUUAAAUUGAUUUACGUUAGUAAAUACGUCAUAUGUUAGUAAAUGUAUCAGUAUAUAAUUUUCGUUCAUCGUGUAUAGUUGUGAUUUAGGUAAUUUAUUGACAAAUUAAAACAAAUAAUAAAAUAUACUGGAUGUUUCACUAAGUAUUUUACCCCAUUUUUUUUUUUUUUUUGUUAAAUUUUGCAUACAUCAAAUUCUGGAUUUGUAAUUUUUAAGUGUAGUUAAAAAAAAAUAGUAAAACAGCAGAUAUUUUAGAAUAUUUAGAGUUUUCAUAACGUUUAAGGAGUAUCCUGUGACAAUAUUAACUUUGGUUUUUAAAUAUGGACCUAUAUUAAAAAUUCAUAAAUAGAUGGAGAAUUAGUUAAAAUAAAUUUUUGAUUUUUAUAUUACUAAAAUACUUAGUGACACAGUGUCCACUACUCAUUCCUACUUGAUUUUUACUUACUACAUAGCCUCUGUAAUUUAUUGUGUGACCAUAUUUUUUUUUACUUAAAGUAGGACACCUGUACAUUUACCAUACAGAAACCAUAAUAAUUUUUGCGUAAAAUAACAACACUAGAAAUAUAGUAAAACACAGUACAUUUUUAUUAGAAAAAAAAAAACAUUAUUUUUUUAUAUAAAAAUGACUACAGAAAAAUAAAUAAAUGUUAUAAUAAAUUAAAUUAUUCAACUGUUUUUUUUUUUUUUAUAUUUUUCAAAUCCGCAUGGUUGCUUUAAAAUAUCCAGUUUGUUUUUUAUAUAUCGAUGGAACUGUUGACUCAAAUUUUUUGUGUUACUCUUGGUUAACAGAAUGGCUUUUAAUGUAAGAACUCCCAACAUAGUUUCUUCACUGCUUCAUAUUUUAUUAAUAUGAGAAAACACUCAUGACUAAAGCGUUAAUGCCUGGCAGACAUAAAAUGUACUCUACAAUUAUACGAAAAUUCAUGUGUGAGAGAUCUUUAGCAUGGGAGUGUGUAAAUACUAACACCCAACCAUUUUCAAUGGCUAUAUUCCCAGUGUUCCAGUAUGUUAUUUUUUGAGCUGUUAUAAAAUUAGAAAUUAGUGAAAACUCAUCAAAUACUCCUAUGUCUUGUUCACUAUUAAUAAAUUUCUGUUCAAUUAGCAAGUCCAUCACUUAUUGAACUUUCUCCCAUAUGGGGACCUUUCUCAGAUUUUCCCAUUCAAAUAUUUCUACUUUCUUUUUAGACCAUUGUCAUUGCUCCAAAUAUUCUUUACUUGUCUUAUAAAAUUCAACCGCUGCAAUAUUUACGUUUUCUUCAUUGACAACACCAGUUCUUUGCAAUUUCAUCAUUACAUUUCGCAUAGUGUGGCCUGUUCUUUUGACCCUAGAUCUUCAACACGGCUUGAUGGAGAGUAGCUGAUUGUGUGUGAAUAAAAUAUAACCAUAAUUUAGAGCUGGAAUUUUCAAAAAAAUCUUUCAAUAUAUAAUAUAACAUUUAUUAAUCAGAAAUUUUAUUUGCUCAUAAAAUAGUUUUUUAGUGGCUAAAACAUUUUCAAAACUUUUCAAUGCAAGCUAUUUAGUUUUACUGUAACCCAGAAGUUUUUUUUAUUUUAUAUUAGCUGCAUGACAGAAUCUUUAAGAGCUUCAACACAAAUUCCUAUCAAUAUAAUAAAAAAAUUAAUACAUUUUAACAAUUAUGCAUUCAAAAUCAACAGGUAAACAAUCUGCAGCUGUUUUAAUCGCAUUAUGGAUUAUGUGAGCUCCAAUUCUUCUGAGAGUCCUUUCAACAGAUAUAUUCAAUUUUGUACAAAAAUUAUUAACUUACAAAUAAUCUACAAUUAUACUCAAUGUUUCACCUGGUUGUUUUUGAAACUUGAAAAUUUUUACUUUUAUUCCUUCAUUCCUUUUAUUAAUGUCAUUUAUAGUUUCAAGAAUCAUGACAUAUCAAAAUUUAAAUUAGGUAGGUUAAAUAACCUAAUUAAGUUAGUAAAAAUUAUAAAAAAUAACGUAAAAUAAAUUUCAUUAAAUUGUGUAAUAUGGUUAGGUUCUUCCUUAGAUAACAUCGGUUUUCACACAGAUUAGUAGAAUUUAAAAUGGCUGUUACUUAGAAACUAUUCUUGUAUAAAUGUAUGAUACAUUUAAUUUUUCAGAAAAAUAAUUUUUACAGAAUCUUAAAAUUUUCCGAAAAUAAUAAAAUUAAGUUAUUUUCUUAAUUUUUUUAAUAAACAAAAAAAAUGAAUUCAAAUUUAAAUAUUUUUUGAAUUCACUUUGGAUCUCUUGAACUGCUUUGUGCAAUUUUAUUUGCAUAAAGUACUUAUGCAUUGUAUUAAUUAUUUGCACAACUACAAAAAUGUACAAAUUUUUGUUAGAAAUUGAAAAAAAUUAUUUUAUUUUGUUUUAGAUAAUAUUUAGAGCCUUUAAAUACAACUGCAUCCACACCAAAAUAUAUGACUGAAAAAUGUAUGCUUCUCAACAGGCUUCUCCACCAAUAGAUAAUAUGGACAAUUCUACAGAUGAGUAAAUAUUUCAUUUUUCUUUUAUUUUGGAGGAAUGUAAUAUUGACCAGGCACAAAGUAGCAUUAGUCAUUAGUUUUAUUUUUGUAAAUAAAAGUAACAUUUUUUUUUUAAUACUUUAGUUCAUAAUAAAAUAAAAAACCAAAAACAAAAAUUAUUAAAAUGGUUAAUACUAAAUAUAUGAAUAAAACUGUAUACAUAAAAGAAAAAAAAAAUUAAUUAAUAAAUGUUGUGUUUAACAUUUUGACUUUGGUAUACCUGAUCAUUUUUUUUUUAUAUAUAUACAUUUUUUAUUACGAGUAUUAACCAUUUUAAUAAUUUUGUUUUUACUUUAUUAUUUCAUUAUGAAUUAAAGUAAUAAAAAAAAUUGUUACUUAAUCUCAUUCAUAAAAAUAAUACUAAUGACCAAUGUUGCUCUGUGUCUGGUCAAUAUUACUAAAAAAAUAUAUUUUUAACUUGAGUUCAAUUGGUUGUGUGUGUUUUCAGAUUUGAGCAGAAAAUCUACAUCCUUAAUUUCCUUUCAACCCCUAUCUUUAUUUACUUAUUAUUUCAUUCAGUUCUAAGACUUUUAUUGUUUGUUUUAUGAUCUGUUUAUACUUUACAAAAUUAUAGUUAAUGAUUUAAUUCUAUUAUUUCUCAGAAAUCCACAUGUUGUACCAAAGAAUGAAUACAGUUUGAAUCAACUAGUGUCUAUUAACAUAGACUGUGUGAGCAACUUGGUAAAUCCGAAGGAAUUACUUAUAAAAGGUCCAACUGAAAUUGGAAUUAAACUUUUAUUAUCACCAGAACUAACAUUUUCAUGUUUGACCAAACUCAAAACUUUGGUAAGUUAUCAUUAAAGACCGGAUUUAAUUGCACCAAAAAUACAUAAAAAUUGCAUAAUAAAUUGUACUAUAAAAAUGCAAAAAUUAUGUAAAAAAAUUUAGAUAAAUGUUAGUUUUUUAAAUUAAAAUUGAUAAUUAGACACAUUUCUAAAUUAUUUUCAUUAAAAUUAAAUUUUUUAUUAUUUAAAAUGUGUUUGUACAAAGAAAAACUAUGUUCUACGUCUACAUUAGUUAUUGGUGUUUAUUUAAAAUAAUUUAAUAAAGUAGGCGUUAUAUUUAAAUUAACAUUUUCUUUGUCUGACAUGACUUGAUAGUAAAACAGAAGUUAGACUUGAUUUUUUUUAAUUACAUACAUACAUUUUUCUUUAAUUUUGUUCCUAUUUGGACCAGGAAUAUUUGUUAAAUUAUUUUUAAUUUUUUUAAAAAUAUCUAUGCUUUUCAGUAUUUUAUUAUUAGAUUAUUCCAAAUUUUUAAGAUUCGUGGAUAACUUUGAUAAGUGUAAUUUUAUGAAUGCUAAACCACAUUUAACUGUAUUAUUUUUUACAAGCUGUUUCAGCUUUUCAACACUUAUAGCAUCAUCUGUUAAACUUUCAAUUACGGUUUUAAACUCUUCAAAAUUAUUUGUAUAGAAAAGUGCAGCAUUUAACCAUGUUCCUCAUCUUGUAAUAAUAGAUUUGGGUGGUAAAGGUAUACCUGGAAUUUCUUUUCUGUAUUUAUUUAUUCUUGAUGGAGCUUUUAGGAAAGCUUUUUUUCCCUGAAAUUAUCGAAAAAAAGUUGCAUAUGUAUUUAAAUUUUAAAUAUGUUCUUGAUAUAUUACCAUUGUUAAUCAAUUUAUUAAUAUCGGGAUACAAUUCUAGAAUUUUCUCUAGAACUCAUUAACUGCUUGUACCAUACAUGUAAUAUUAAUUAAAUUCAGGAAAAAUAUUUUUAAUUUUUUUGCUACUUUGGUCAUAUAAGUACAAGCAUCACUAAUAAAAAGUAAUACUUUUUGUGCAAUAUUUGUAUAAAUAUAUUCGUUAAUUUUUCUUUUAACGAGGAAUUAAUAAACUUACGAAUAGUUUCAUAAUUGGUGGAUUUUAGUUCUAUUGCAACUAAAUAUGAUUUACUAGGCGUGCCAUAUAAUUUACUAAUUAAUAAAUUUGCAAUAUCCAAAUCUAAACGAAAAUAGUAUAUUUUAUUAUAUGAGAAAUUAAAAAAAUAUUCAUACAAACCUCUUGGAUCGGUUGUUUUGUCAACAAUUAAGUAAACGUAAUUAUUUCCAAUAUCACUAAUUAUUUGAUCUAUAACGCUUUUAGAAAUGUUUGGGAUGUAAUUUUUUCUUAAAGUGCUUUGGUCCAGAAUUGAUUUGCCAAUAUGUUUUUCCAAAUUGAUUUUAACACAUGAUUGUUUAGCUUAUGCAAAGGAAUAUUUACAGCAACAAAUGCAUUUAAUGCAAUCUGUGUUGAAUUUAAUUACCACCAUAUAUAUAUAGACGCUUAUCACUCGCUGGGCUCUCUAAGUUUCUAGAAAAUUUCAAACAAAUGAUAAAUGCCUAUGAUUUAAAAACGUGGGAAAAUUGAAUUAUAAAAUUAAAUAGGUAGAAUAUUUUUAGUACAUAUUGGCUAUAUAUUUUUAAUCAAAUCAAACCAAAUUUAUCUUUAUUACAAAAAAAGUUGCAAUAUUAAUUAAAUCCUGUCUUUAAAUAUCAUAGUUGUACUUAAAAGAAUAACUCAAAUUAUAACUAGUUGUAGAUGAAGAAGUUUAUAAUGUUUUUAUUUCCAUGAACCACUAAUUGUUUUCAAUUCAAUUAAUUGUCCUUUAAAAAUAUUUAAUUGUACAAUGUUACUAUUUAACUAAUUAUACUUGUAUAUCAUUUAUUUAUUUCAAUGCAUUGUUAUAAUAUUUAUGAUAGUUUUACCUCUUUUUAUGUUUUUAAUUUAACUGUAUUUUUUAAAUUGUUUUUUAUAGUCAUUAACAUCCAUCAAAUCAUUCCCUGAAAAUAUCUUCAAGAGUUUGGGAACAAUUUCAACUACCCUGGAAAUUUUAGAAAUAGGAGAUUGUGAAUUCUUACCUGAUGAUUUCCCUAAGUUUUUAAAACAAUUAAUCAAUUUAAGAUCUUUAAGAUUAGAGAAUUGUUAUGGUAGAUGGGAGAAAUUUUCAAAAGAAAGUUUUGAAGUCAUUCGAUCUUUAAAACAUUUAAAGAAAUUGGAACUAAUUAACAUUGAAUUCAAUGUAGAACUACAACUAGAAAAAUGCCAUGGUAUAACAGCUUUACUGAUAAUUCCUAUCUACGCGUCACAAGUAAGUAUUAUACUUUUGUAAUUUUAAUACACUUAUUGAAUCCUACUAAAAUGAUUUAUUCUUUUAGUCUGCAGCCACCAAUUGUCAUCUACUUGAAUGUCUGGAAAAACUCUCCAAAACAUUAACACAUGUAGUUUGGGGAUUAACAAAAGAGUUACUUCGAGUAACUGAUCUGUUUAUUAAACAGUAUUCGCAAAAUCGACAAAAUCGGCUUAAUCUUGGCUACAAUAUAGAUAUGCCAGAAACAAAACCUUAUAACAAUAUCCCAAUUUUAAGGUCAAAAAUUCCAAAACCGCAACCUGAAGGCUUAAAAACUACAGAAAUUGAUAAAGAAAAGUCAAAUAAUAUUAACAUGCUUUCAGUACCAGCUUUGCGAGACUGGUUAGAUUUAGUAAUGAUAAAUGCUAAUACUAAAGUAAUUAAGAUACCCUAUUCAGCAACCACUCGAGUGUAUUUAUCAGUAGAGUUUGAUAACCUUUAA